CAAGGAUGGGUCAGGCUAGAGGUGUGUUAAAGGUUUUCGCACUUAUUUGCCUCAUUCAAGUAAUCACAGCUCAGAGGCCUUACAAUGAUCUCAGAGCACGAUUUGCUGUUGACCCUAGCCAAGGAUUCUACGAGAUCCCACUCACUACAAACAGCCCACUAAUUAGCAACUACGUUCAAGUACAGCCAGAUAGUAAUGUCGGACUUCCAGUAACCCAAUACUGUUAUCCAGAUGAUCCGAGAGUGUGUUGGUACUAUGACAUGAAUGGAGUCGUGGUUGGAGUACAGAUCACUUACCUGGAACAAGAUGUCGCUGACAUCAAUCCUGUCCCAUACAACUACUCAGCUGUUGGAGGAUUCGUUCCGACAAACAUCAUGAACCAACCUGGCUACGGAUUCAGGGCAUAUUUCACCAACCCAACCACAUUAACUUCUGCUGGUCGUCAAACACUUAACGAAACGGUGGAAGGCCUCUGGGUUUAUCUCAAUGGAGACCUAGUCCAAAUCCAGAGGAAUGAACCAUCUCCUGAUCAGACAUACAUUUCGGGCUUUAACAGGCAGAACUGUUUUCCAAGAAUGGGACAACACUACUUCUACAGAAUGGCAUCCAACGUGCCCUGUGACCAGUUGCUUCCAUUCUACCCUCUCUACCAAGGUGGAGGUCUUGUAGGAUUUGGAAUAGCUGAUUUCGGAAGGGGUUCUGAUGGUCCUCAAAGAGUGUGGUACGAGAGGCCGCCACUGCCUGGAAUCCAGGCUAUCCUCGCCAACAGACCUACCUGCUUAGACACCUGGGUGCAGAUGUACGGCCUCUACUCACUCCACGUAUACUUCGUCGAUCAUCCCUGGGAGAUAAGCUGUCCUGCUUGAGCAGUACGUCACGAAUCAUUUCAUACAUAUAAUUUUUAAUCUUAUUAAAACAUUUUAUGUAUUAU